GGGUCCUAACACAGGAAGUGGUUACACACUUGGACCUCCUGCAGCGAGAGGCUAGACAGCUAGCAUAGCUAACAACAGAUGCGAAACAAACAAACGCGAAAAGUAUGCUUCUGUGAUUCAGCUGUUUUGUGCAGCAGCGCAGAUGCAUCCGGCGAUAUUCCUGUAAUCAUAUGUGUAGAAGAGAAGUACAGUAUAUCAUCACAGUUAUGUUUUUGUGUGACCUGCAGUCAUGUUAUCAGGCUAGCUAGUCAACCAACAAAUCAAUAACUAGCUAGCUGACAAGCCAGCUAGCAAAAUAAACGGUUGUUCUGCCAAAAUGAACUUGCUGAGCUAAUUAGGUUAAUAUUUUGGUUAUGUAUGUAAUGUAUUAAUGAAUUGCUGUUGUAGUAAUCUAUUGGUUUUGGUUUGAUGACUUUUCUUUUCAUUGAUUGCUGCUAAAAUGCAAUAGCAGGACUAUUUUACAUUCACUGAAUUUUAAAUGAACGACCUCGAAGCUAACUUUAAAUCGACCAGUUUGUGAUUGAGAAGCUAUUUAAGAUGGAUAAGAAAUCUUUUGACAUCGUUUUGGACGAAAUAAGAAAGUGUGUUUUGACAGAUCAGCGGAUUAAAGCAAUCGAGCAGGUGCAUGGAUAUUUCUCCAGUGAACAGGUGAUCGACAUUCUGAAAUACUUCUCCUGGGCAGAGCCUCAGGUGAAGGCAGUGAAAGCAUUUCAGCACAAAAUGGUGGCCAUCCCAACAACCAAGGUUGCAAACAUCUUGAACACUUUCACAUUCUCAAAAGACAAGCUCAUGGUGCUGGAGCUUAUAGCUCUGAAUAUAUCUGAUGCCCAUAACUACUUACCAGUGGAGGAGCAGUUCCGCACUCACCUGGCAGAGAAGAAACGUGCACGACGUAUCCUUGAACAGGUGUGUAAGGUGGGAUGUAAAGCCCCGGUGGCAAUGGUUUCCUCCUGUGGGAUGAUCCCUGGGAACCCUUAUCCUAAAGGCAAGCCCAGCCAGAUCACUGGAACCUUCCCUGGAUUCCCUCCUAGAAAAGAAGGAGAGGAGGUGAGUACAGAAGGGAAAGGGAUUGCGAACCGCAUCAUUGGACCCAGCAAACCGUCUCCAUCGACCUACAAUCCGCACAGGCCUAUACCUUACCCGAUUCCUCCCUGCAGGCCACAUGCCACCAUCGCACCAAGUGCGUACAACAACGCAGGCCUGAUGUCAGUGGGAGGGGUCAUUACAGCAAAUGUGCCCCCUCCACCCUACACUGCCACUCCAAAGUCAGCAGCUUAUGCUCGACCUGCCAGUCUACAGAAUCCUGCCUCCGGUGUCUCAGCCACCUCAACUGUCUCACCUACCAGUUCGGCUCCUCCUACCCCUGUCAGCUCCCAGCCUCAACCCACCACUCCAGUCACCCCCGUUUUCCCUGGUGUGGUCUCUUCUCAGAGUCCUGUUACCCCAUCUCCUGGCCCUGCCCCAACUUCUUCAGUUAUCAAAAGCCCUCCUUUGCCUGCUGGCUCUCCUCAGGUUACACCAAACCCCAGUGGUCAUAGCACCCCUACUCCCACUGGCCUACCGCCUUCUGGCAGGAACACUCCCUCAGUUAUCAGAGCCCACACCCCUUCUGGCACACCCGGUAUACCACCCCCACCUUAUGGGACAUCCCGCUCGGGAACACCAUCAGGCAUUACCACUCCCAAAGCAGCAGUGGAUCCUUCUCAGAGUAUAGCACUUUCCUCCUCCAAGGUCUUUCUGUCUUCUGCUGAGCCUCAUUCAACUCCUACUAAUCCAAAAUGCUCUAACAGUUCAGUCAUUCGCAGUUACACACCAGCAGGAGCGCCACCUGGACGUUCCACUCCUUUACAGGUAAUGGGUACCUUAUCCUCAGGUGCCCCAGUGGCCCCGUGUACACCCAGUCCCAAACCAUCCUCUGGCACAUCUCAGCCUGGCACAGCUAACCCUGCCUUGUAUAGUGACCAACCCUCAAUCUCAGUGGUCCAGCAUGGUGGAGGCAGUGGCAGUAACAGUCCAGUCCCCUCUGCCUUCAAAGGGCCAUCAUCCAGGUCAGGCACACCCUCACUCAGCUCACUAGUGAUGCCCAACUCAGCUGCCCUGGCUCGUUCUCUGGGCCUGAGCCACAGUGCAGCCUCUCCUUUGGGCACUCUAGGCUCCCAGCCUGGAGGCAGUCCUGCCACCCCAUUCCAAGGCAUCUCUCCCUUUCCUACACUGUCCACAGCAUCACCUCUUACUGGCGCUCAAUCUUCCAUGCACUCUUCAGUUUCUUCAGCUCCACCAGCUCCUUCCAUUGCAUACUGUGACCCCACUGGGGCUCCCUCUCCUUCUCCCUUUGGCCUUGGACUCACCACAACCCCCUCCAUGAUCCCGGGCUUGGCCCCAGGUCAGAGCCCUGCCUUCCCUGGGUUUGGGGCUUCAGGUCCUCCAGCAGCAGGCAGUCCUGUGCUUUCCUCCUUUAUGGGGCUCCCAGGUGCCUCUUCCUCAGUGGCCACAGUGGCUCCUCUCCAAGCAGCUGCAGUGGCGGCAGCAGCAGGUGUCCCCUCCACCUCACCUGUGCUUCCUGGCUUCGCUUCCGCAUUUAGCCCCAACUUCAACCCCACUUUGGUGAGCCAGCCAGGUGGUGGUAUUCAGGCCCCAGGAGGGGCUGCCUUCCCUGGACUGCUGUCAUUUCCUGCAGGAGUUCCUGGUUUUUCCUCCAGCGCUGCUCCUGCAGCUCUCUCAGGCCUCCACAACCCAGCUGUCCAGUCAGCUUUGCUGCAGGCUCAUUCUGCAUCAGCGUUGGAAAGCUUUCCUCCUCAACCUAAUGGCUUCAGCAGCUACCCUGCAGGGACACCAUUCCCCCCUCCAGCUGCAGGAGCACCCUUUACCCUUCAGCCCAGUCUACAUCCACAGCUGGGCUGGCAAUAAUCAGUUAUAGGAUGCACUGUGAUAUUAAACAUCCACAGUAAUAUCAUGGACACUUCAAAAUACCAUCAUUACCCUUGUGGCAUCUCUUCUGGGGAACGUUGUCUUGCUUUAUAUGUUUGAAAGCGGCAUUGCAUGCAAUAACAAAUGUAACAAUUCAACUUAAAAUUAUUAUGCUAGUAUUAAAAAAUAAAUUUUUGUGAUUAACACUGUAACACCAGCUGAAAAGUGUUAAAAGAAAGGAUAAAAGAAAGUUUGUGGUUACCCUGAAAGGAAGACUCCACCCUGAAACACAUUAAAAACUUAAUGUCCCCGAGUGCAAUCCAGCUAUAAGAAAGUUGUGCUGAGUUACGGAAGAUACACGGCUCAGCUAGUAGGUGACCCACAAGACAAGCAUAAUAGCGUUGAUAGCGGUAUUAACACGAAAAUUUAACCUUUGGGAGCUGAUCUGUUUAAGCAGAGUGUAGAGGUAAGGACAGGACAGCUGGAUAGACUUAAGGACUAAAACGAUCUUUGGGUAGAGAUGAAGCAAGGGCUGAUUCCCACUGGCAGUGGCAUUGCAGUUAGGAAACCGUUAGCCAAAGUGAAAAUAGAGCAUGUUGAAAGAAUUUGAAACUAACAAAUGUUAACUCAAUUUCAUUAUAAAUAAAUCUUGGACAUCAUUGAAGAUAACAUGUUAAUUAUACAGAUUAACAUACGAGUCAUUCAAGGUGGAUUUUUCCUUUAACAGAAACACAAUGUUUUAAACGGGGAUUUAAAAAAAAAAGUAUGAUAUGAAAACUAAAUAUUGUUACAAGCGCUGAGAAAAGAAAGCACUCAGAGUUAGAGUACCUCAUUGGGCUGAGUGGGUGGAAGGGUGCAUGAAAUACCGAGUGUGACAUUAAGAGCUUUCUCAGAAUUAAUGUGGUCUUUAGUGAGUCAGUGAGUGUGUAGGGGGCGUUGUUUUUUAAAUUUUUAAAAAAUUUUAUUUAAAAAAACACAAUGUUCAGAGCUACCAGACAGUGAGAGGGAGUAAAUUGAAAAUGUCUUUUUUGAUCUGCAGCUCUCUUACAUAUGUGCUAAAAUAAGCAAUGAUAAUGAUAUAAUUAUUUGAACAUAAAUCAGAAAUGAUGGAGUGUACGGGAUUAAUACUACCGUAUUGUGUGGUGUUAAUUUUGUUUGUUUUUUUUAAUUCUAUUUAGAAGUAGGACUUUUCCUUAGUUUAACAUAACGAUGAUGUUUUUGAACCACCGAACCAUGUUCAAACUGUGAAGAGGACUAUCUUGAGAGUUUCCUCACACUUUCCUAAAAAUCUGCGCAAGUUAGAAUUUCUUCUAUUGGUAAUAUACUGUAUGUGUAAAUACCCUUGAGAAACGAAAGCAGCUGUUAAAUGUGUGUGUCGGGUUUUGAUUAUUUUAUUUUAUUUUUAAUUUUUUUUUUUUACUUACUUACUGGUGUCUGUAUAGAAGGAAUUGGGUAAAUAAUAUUCCCUGGACUAGUCAUGGAUUCACACGUGUUUUUAGAUGAAGUUGAUGACUAUCAAAUACUGUACUAGACAGAACAGUAGGUGUAGGCUGCUUUAUUUCAUAUGAAAUAAAUACAUUUUUUUCUA